AUGGCUGAGCCCGCCGCCCGCAGCUGCUGCCUGGGCUGGGAUUUCAGCACGCAGCAGGUGAAAGUUGUUGCUGUUGAUGCAGACCUGAAUAUCUUCUAUGAGGACAGUGUGCAUUUUGACAGAGAUCUUCCAGAAUUUGGGACCCAGGGUGGUGUACAUGUUCAUGAGGAUGGGCUGACGGUCACUUCUCCUGUCCUGAUGUGGGUCCAGGCACUGGAUAUCAUCUUAGAGAAGAUGAAGGCUUUGGGCUUUGACUUCUCUCAAAUCCUAGCCUUGUCUGGGGCAGGCCAGCAACAUGGAAGCAUAUACUGGAAGACUGGGGCCAGCCAGACACUGACAAGCCUGUCACCAGAGAUCCCAUUACACCAGCAGCUAGAGGCCUGUUUUUCUAUCAGCAAUUCUCCGGUGUGGAUGGAUUCUAGCACCACAGCCCAGUGCCGUCAGUUGGAGGCUGCCAUGGGUGGGGCGCAGGCUCUCAGCUGCCUCACAGGAUCCCGUGCCUAUGAGCGUUUUACAGGAAACCAGAUUGCAAAGAUUUACCAGCAGAACCCUGAGGCCUACUCACAAACAGAGAGGAUUUCUUUGGUCAGUAGCUUUGCUGCUUCCCUGUUCCUUGGGUCUUACUCUCCUAUUGACUACAGUGAUGGUUCUGGAAUGAAUUUGUUGCAGAUACAUGACAAAGUCUGGUCCCAGGCUUGCCUUAGUGCCUGUGCACCUCAUUUAGGAGAGAAGCUUGGACCCCCUGUGCCAUCAUGUUCAGUUGUGGGAAACAUUUCUCCAUAUUACAUCCAGCACUAUGGAUUUCAUCCAGGAUGCAAAGUGGUGGCCUUCACUGGGGACAACCCAGCAUCUCUGGCAGGCAUGCGGCUAGAGGAAGGUGACAUUGCGGUGAGCCUGGGCACCAGUGAUACCCUAUUUCUCUGGCUCCAAGAGCCCAUGCCCUCCCUGGAAGGCCACAUCUUCUGCAACCCAGUUGACUCCCAGCACUACAUGGCGCUCCUGUGCUUUAAAAAUGGUUCCCUGAUGAGAGAGAGGAUCCGUGAUGAGUCAGCUUCCUGCUCCUGGAGCGAGUUCUCUAAGGCACUGCAGACCACGGAGAUGGGGAACGGUGGAAACCUGGGUUUUUAUUUUGAUGUAAUGGAGAUCACCCCAGAAAUUACUGGGCGUCAUAGGUUUAAUGCAGACAACUGUGAGGUGUCAGCAUUUCCUAGGGAUGUGGAGAUUCGAGCACUGAUUGAAGGACAAUUCAUGGCCAAGAGGAUUCACGCCGAGGGCCUGGGCUAUCAAGUCAUGCCUAAGACAAAGAUUUUGGCUACUGGAGGAGCAUCUCAUAACAGAGACAUUUUACAGGUGCUCGCGGAUGUGUUUGCUGCUCCAGUGUAUGUCAUGGACACUGCCAGCUCAGCCUGUGUGGGCUCUGCAUACCAAGCAUUUUAUGGCCUUGCGGCUGAAGCAGAUGUAUCCUUUUCGGAGGUUGUGAAGUUAGCUCCACAUCCCAGAUUAGCUGCUACCCCAACCCCAGGAGCUGCUCAGGUCUACGAGGCCCUCCUCCCAAAGUACGCCAAGCUCGAGCAGAGAAUCCUGUCCCAGACCCGGGGGCCCCCAAAGUGA